CAUUGCACAAAAAAUCAUACACUAGCUAAUCACCAUUUCAUGUUCAUGUCAAAAGCCAUGGCAAAAAAUUCUAACUUCUUUUUUGUUCAUUUCACCCUUUUUUGCACUACUCUUUUUCUGCUUAUUCCAAUCUUAUUUUCUCAAUCUUUUGCUGCUGAUGUUCCUCCAAAUACUCCUGUACCUCCCUCUGUUAUUUGCAAAUCCACUCCUUAUCCUUCCUUCUGUAGAUCAUCGGUGCUUCCACCUACAGGGAGUCCCAAUGAAAAUGUCUAUGGCUACGGUCGAAAAUCUGUCCGAAAAUCAUUAUCUUCAGCUCGUAAAUUCUUGUCCCUUAUCCAAAAAUACCUUCGAAAAUCCAAACAAUUAACAAUCACUGCUGUCCGUGCACUAGAGGAUUGCCAUUUUCUAGCAGGGCUUAACAUGGAUUACUUGUCAAGUUCUUUUAAAACUGUUAACGUGACAUCCAAAAUUCUCCCAGUUUUAGAAGCUGACGAUGUGCAAACAAUGCUCAGUGCAAUUUUAACAAACACACAAACUUGUUUAGAUGGACUUCAAGCAACAUCCUCUGCUUGGAGUGUUAGAAAUGGCCUAGUAGCUCCACUUUCAAAUGACACUAAACUUUAUAGUGUUUCUUUAGCUUUGUUCACAAAAGGGUGGGUACCAAAGAAGAAAAAUGGGCCGAAAAUUCGUCAACCUAGACAAAAACAGCUGUUCAAAAAUGGCCAAUUGUCGUUCCAAAUGUCGGCACGAAACCAAGCAAUUUUGGAAACAGUAAGCAGGAGAAAGCUUUUGCAAGAGGAUGAAAAUAAUGACCAAGUUAACGUGAGUGACAUUGUGAUUGUCAAUCAAGAUGGAAGUGGGAAUUUCACUACCAUUAAUGAUGCAGUGGCGGCUGCACCAAAUAAUACCAAGAUUGAUGCAGGGUAUUUCCUUAUAUACAUAACAGAAGGUGUGUACGAGGAGUAUGUUGCCAUUGCGAAGAACAAGAAGUAUUUGAUGAUGAUUGGUGAUGGCAUCAAUCGAACCAUCAUUACAGGCAAUCAUAGCUUUGUUGAUGGAUGGACAACAUUCAACUCUUCCACAUUUUCUGUGGUUGGUCUAGGAUUUGUUGCAGUUGACAUUACGUUCCAAAACACAGCAGGAGCAAUCAAGCAUCAAGCAGUUGCAGUCCGAAACGGUGCUGAUUUAUCCACAUUCUAUAGCUGCAGCUUUGAGGCAUACCAAGACACAUUAUACGUACACUCUCUUAGGCAAUUUUACAGAGAGUGUGACAUAUAUGGCACAGUCGAUUUCAUAUUUGGUAAUGCAGCUGCUGUUUUCCAGAAUUGCAACUUGUAUCCACGUCUCCCUUUGCCCAAUCAGUUCAAUGCAAUAACAGCUCAAGGCAGAACAGACAUAAAUCAAAACACUGGAAUUUCAAUCCAUAAUUGCACAAUUAGACCUGCAGAUGAUUUGGCAAUUAGCAAUAGUAGCACUAAAACAUAUCUUGGUAGGCCAUGGAAGGAGUAUUCGAGGACGAUUUACAUGCAAUCUUAUAUGGAUGGUUUUAUUCACCCAUCAGGUUGGCAUGAUUGGUCUGGAGAUUUCGCGCUAAACACGUCUUAUUAUGCAGAGUUUAAUAACACUGGACCGGGAUCAAAUACAACAGGCAGAGUUACAUGGCCUGCAAUCCAAAAUUUAAAUGCUACUGAUGCUGCUAAUUUUACAGUAUCUGGUUUUCUAGUUGGAGAUGAUUGGUUGCCACUGACUGGUGUGCCAUACUUCAAUAGUUUACUGUAACCAUCUCAAUUCUUUUAGUUUUUUCUUUUGAUUUCAUAACUAUAUGAAUUGAUUAAGGCAAAUUAAUAAGGAGGAUUAAUGUAAACAGAGUCCUGUCAUUUUACAGUUUGGAAGUUAAAUGUGAAUUCAUUUGUUUAAUCUA